ACCAUGCGGCCGCCCCGGGGGCUCCUGCUGCUGCUGCUGGUGGCGGCGGCGGGCGCGAGGACGGCGCGCGGCUCCUUCCCCGAGGAGCCCGGCCCCAUCGCCGUGGCCCCCCAGGACUAUGUGAAGCACUACGCCGUGUUUACUGGCCGCGGCUCCAGCCCCCCCGAGGCCGCCGAGCGCCUCAACGUGCAGCGCAUCCUCAAGGUCAACCGGACCCUCUUCGUCGGGGACAGGGACAACGUGUACCGYGUGAGCCUGGAGCCCUCCGGCGCCGAGAUGCGCUACCACCGGAAGCUGACGUGGCCCUCGAACCAGCAYGACAUCAACAUCUGCCGCAUGAAGGGGAAGCACGAGGCAGAGUGCCGAAACUUCAUCAAGGUGAUGCUGGUGAGGAACGAGAGCCUGCUCUUCGUGUGCGGCACCAACGCCUUCAACCCCGUCUGCGCCAACUACAGCAUGGACACGCUGGAGCCCGUGGGUGACAACAUCAGCGGCAUGGCCCGCUGCCCCUACGACCCCAAGCAUGCCAACGUGGCGCUCUUCACGGGCGGGAUGCUCUUCACCGCCACCGUCACCGACUUCCUGGCCAUCGACGCCGUCAUCUACCGCAGCCUUGGGGACAGCCCCACGCUGCGCACGGUCAAGCAYGACUCCAAGUGGUUCAAAGAGCCCUACUUCGUGCACGCCGUGGAGUGGCGCAGCCACGUCUACUUCUUCUUCCGGGAGAUCGCCAUGGAGUUCAACUACCUGGAGAAGGUGGUGGUGGCGCGGGUGGCGCGGGUGUGCAAGAACGACGCGGGCGGCUCGCCGCGCGUGCUGGAGAAGCAGUGGACGUCCUUCCUCAAGGCCCGGCUCAACUGCUCCGUGCCGGGCGACUCGCAUUUCUACUUCAACGUCAUCCAGGCGGUGACCGACAUCCUGGAGCUGGACGGGCGCCCCGUGGUGCUCGCGCUCUUCUCCACGCCCGCCAACAGCAUCCCCGGCUCGGCCGUGUGCGCCUUCGACAUGACCCAGGUGGCCGCCGUCUUUGAGGGACGUUUCCGGGAGCAGAAGUCACCCGAGUCCAUCUGGACGCCCGUGCCCGAGGACAUGGUGCCGAAGCCCCGCUGCCACAUGCGACCCGCGCAGCCCUCCCGCCCGGGAUGGUCUCCAUCCAUCCCUGCCCCGGCCGGGAUCCCGACCCCUGCCCAGCUCCCGGGGCCCCCCCGGGCACCGCAGGCCCAGACGCCCCCUCRUUCCGCCCCGCGCAGGCACCAGCUCCGCCGGAUCGCGGUGGAUAACGCAGCCGGGCCCUGGGGCAACCACACCGUGGUCUUCCUGGGCUCCAGCACCGGCACCGUCCUCAAGUUCCUCAUCAAGCCCAACGCCAGCAGCAGCCCCRCGCCCACCACCCCCGGCAGCCAGAGCGUCUUCCUGGAGGAGUUUGAGACCUACCAGCCCGGGAGGUGCGGCCGGGACACGGAGGCCGAGCGGCGGYUGCUGGGCCUGGAGCUGGACAAGGCGGCGGGGACGCUGCUGCUGGCCUUCCCGCCCUGCGUGGCCCGCGCGCCCGUCGCCCGCUGCCAGCAGCACUCGGCGUGCAUGAAGAACUGCCUCGGGAGCCAGGACCCCUAUUGUGGCUGGACGCCCGAGGGCUCCUGCGUCUUCCUGGAGCCCGGCCCCAGGGUGGCCUUCGAGCAGGACAUCGCUGGCAUCGCCACCGCRCACCUGGGCGACUGCGACGGGCUGGUGACCGAGAGCUUCGUGGAGGGCGAGCCGGACGGGCUGGUGUCCGUGAACCUGCUGGUCAUCUCCUCGGUGGCCGCCUUCGUCAUCGGCGCCGUGGUGUCGGGCUUCAGCGUGUGCUGGUUCGUGGGGCACCGCGAGCGCAAGGAGGCGGCGCGGCGCAAGGACAAGGAGGCCAUCGUGGCGCACGGCGAGUCGGUGGUGAGCGUGAGCCGGCUGGGCGAGCGGCGGGCGCGCGGCACGGCGCUGCUGGCGCCGCUCAUGGCGCCGGGCUGCGGCGAGGCCGGCGCCUACGGGCGCCCCGGCGCGGCGCCGCGCGCGCUCACGGACCUGCAGCACCUGCUGCGCUACGGCGUCGAGCGGACUCCCUCGGGCAAGUAG